ACAUGUGUACAAACAAUUAUCGUAUUCCCGUGAGGGUAUAUAAGAUUAGCCCAAAAAUCAGUAUCUACGAAUCGGCACUAAAAUGUUACGCGCAACGGUUAUUCUAAUCCUUCUUUGUCUUACUAUUGGCCCAAGUUAUGGCCAAAAAAAGAAAAAAGUCGAUAAUGAUGAAAUUGAAGAUAAAAUUGUCGGAGGUUCAACUGGACUGAUAAGCGACUAUCCUUUCAUUGUAUCAAUCCAACGAAGAGAUGUACAUCAAUGCGGAGGAUCCAUUAUCAAACCUAGCCUUAUAUUGACAGCUGCUCAUUGCAUAGCUGUUUUUGCGAAAAGUGCAAUUAGUGGUAUAUCGGUUCGUGCUGGAGCAACAAUUUGGAGUCAAGGUGGCCAACAGGUUAAAGUCAAAAAAAUGAUUCCACAUCCGUUGUAUGAAAGCACAACAAAUGGUUACGAUAUUGGUUUUCUUGUACUGGAAAAACCUUUGGAGUUCGAUGAUACCGUUCAACCUAUAACUUUGGCUACCAAGAUUCCUGCUGGUAAUAAGGAAGGAAGAAUUCUUGGAUGGGGACUAAAGAAGGAAAAAGCCGAUGUGAUACCAAGUAUGUUGCAGGUAGCUCGGGUAAUGUCGAUUUCAAGAGCUAGGUGUGCUUCAGAAGAAUUUGGCUACAGUGAUGACAUUAAAGAUACUAUGAUUUGUGCACAAAAUCCUGGAGUUGACGCGUGCCAGGGUGACUCUGGUGGACCAUACGUGAGCUGGAAUUCUACAACUAAUAAGCCAGAUAAGCUCGUUGCAGUAACUUCUUUUGGAAAAGGUUGCGGUCGAAAAGAUUACCCUGGUGUUUACACUGCUCUAGCAGCGGUAUCCAAAUGGAUUCAAAAAAUUAUAGACCAAGUAGAUAGCUUCAAAGAACAUGUUGAGGCUUAAAAUGUCAAUUUCAAUUGCUUUUAUUUAUGUGUAAAUAAAUAUAUUUGCCAAAU